AUGCUCACCCCUGCGCAACCACCUCAGAUCCCGAUUCCCCGGGGCGCUAGUCUCAAUGUCCACUGGGCUCAAACGCCGCCAUCAAGACCACCCGCUCAGGGUCUCCGUCCGCGAUGCCCACCUGCAGGAUGUGGCACAAACUUGAAGUUGUGUGGGCGGGGCGUUGACGGCGGCGACACCCCCGACCGACGAGAAUCGCCCCUAGCCAGCAUCGCGCACAAGCCGAGCGGCCCGAGUCUCAGCGUUGCGCGCGAGCUCGCCGUGCCAAAAGGCUGUACACGUUUUGAGGACGGUCAGCCCGACACGGGUCUCAGCCGCGCUGCAUCACGCGCAGCACCAGCGACACGGUCCUGGAAAGCUGCCACUGCCUGCGCCGCGUCUGCGCUCGCCGUCAUGCCACUCCACCCCGCCUCGGCGCGAUCGGCCAAUCCGACGCGCCUCCACACACUACUACUACAGUACCCUCCCCGCCCGGAUUCGCUGCCUACAAGUGUUGAACGAGGCGCUGCCAGGUCCACACCGUGUAUGCGGGGCGGAUCUGACGCUAGCGGCUGGCUAAUCUCCAUCGGCUCUCGCCCCUAUCUGUCUGCGUCCGCAGCGGGGGCGGGGCAGAGAGGGCUUGGGCCGCGUCUCGGUCCCGAAACGUUCGUUGUGCAGAUGCUGGGUUGA